AUGACGGAAGCACUUGUCAAUACGUAUACUAAUACGAAUGAUAUUCAAUUAAUCCGUAUGGAAUAUGUAGAUAAAACAGCACAUUUAUCAACACAACCAAAUUCUUUAAAUGAAUUAAUUGAUUUAAUUUAUCAAGCAUUUGCUACAAAUGAUGUUGAUAUUGAUUAUGUUUCUACAAUAAUGAACAAUUAUAAAGGUAAUAUGAAAGAAUGGUUACCAUAUAUGAAAUUUCAACCAAAUAAAUAUACAAGAAAUUUAGUUAAUGGUGGUAAUGGAAAAUUUAACUUAAUGAUUUUAUGUUGGGCUGAAGGUCAAGGUUCAUCAAUACAUGAUCAUACAAAUUCACAUUGUUUUAUGAAAUGUUUACAAGGAAGUUUAAUUGAAACAAAAUAUGCAUGGCCAAAUGAUGAAAAUAAAGAAGAACAAAUGCGUAUUAUAUCUCGAACAGAAUUAAAAGAAGGACAAGUUACUUAUAUAAAUGAUACAAUCGGCUUACACCGUGUUGAAAAUCCAAGUCAUACGGAUACAUGUGCUACAUUACAUCUUUAUGUACCACCAUAUUCUCAGUGUAAUAUAUUUGAUGAACGAACAGGUCGAACAAAUGAAGCACAUGUUACAUUUUAUUCCAAAGGUGGGCAAUUAACAAAAAAUGAAUGA